GAACGCCCUUUUGUCCGAGCUCGCAGAACAGCUUCAGAGCUCCUCGGAUAUCCUUGCUACAGAACUAUCCCCGUGUGGGUCGAAACAUGUUCAGAAACUCCACUCUCUUGCCCAAGUUCUUCUUGAUCAUCCAAGCCCUGACGCGCCCGCUCGAUCGUCGGCUCAGUUGGACGAUCUGAUAGAAGCUGCACAUACUUCAAUGGCCUCGUCCCCACCCCAAGAGUCUAUUUGCUGGAGGAGGCUUUAUACCGAGGCCUGUCUGCUUCGCGCACUGGUGGAAAUCGUCUUUUGGGACUGCAGCGAACCUCACGUCAAGAGGGCUAUCGCCCUAUUGGAUCACAUCUUAGUUGUGGCUGGUGCUCCGGGCGAGGGGCGUUACGACCUUGUUGUCUUUCUUAUAUCCAAGAUUCAAACGGACUAUCUUCCUUCACCACCUUUGAACAUCACCAGACCAGAUGGCCCUAGCUCAAGGCCUACCUCGAACGCUCCACUUAUGGCAAGUACUGGAAGUGUUCCUCGCCUCGACAGCCUUCCGUCUUUCACACAGUUUAAAACACAUCUACAUCGGCAACCGUUCAUCCUCUCAGGCUACGCACGAGAUUGGCCCGCCAUGACCGACCGUCCCUGGCAAUCCUUUGCCUACUUACGCUCAGUCUCUGGUCGCGGUCGCGUCGUUCCCAUCGAGGUUGGCGGUGACUACAGAGCGGAUGAUUGGUCACAUCGAAUGAUGGAGUGGGACAACUUCCUCGACCGUCUCGAGAACGAACAAAAGGAUUCUGAUGGCGCUGCCGAGUCUGGCAAAGGCGACGCAUCGGUGCUGUACCUGGCACAACAUAACCUCCUGUCGCAGUUUCCGUCCUUGCGGGAUGAUGUUGUUGUUCCGGAUUAUGUGUAUUCGUGCCCGCCCCCACCGCCUGAUUAUCCGGAUUAUCGUCCACCAGGAAACGACGAUCAACUUGUCGUCAAUGCCUGGUUAGGUCCCAAAGGCACAAUUUCACCUGCCCACACGGACCCGUACUACAACUUCUAUGCUCAGAUCGUCGGUAGCAAAACCGUUUGGCUGGCACCUCCUGCUAUCUCCACGUCCAUGUACCCCUAUCCGCCUUCUACAUCUUCCUCCUCAACCACCGACACACAAGCGCACAACAACCCGGCAUCUAAUAACGUCGAACCUUCAAUGAGCAACACUUCCCGUGUUGACGUGUUUGCCGAAUCUCCCCACGAACGCCAUCGCGAUACCAUCACAUUCCCUGCAUUCUGGGAGAACGCUGUUCCUCGGGCUCAAAAUGCCACGCUACACCCUGGAGACGUCCUGUUCUUCCCACCGGGUUGGUGGCACGCGAUGAGGAGCGAAGAGACCAGUUUCUCUGUCUCGAUGUGGUUUUAA